AUGCCGCCACUAGCCGACGUCGAUCUGAACAAUUCUUGGAAUCAUCGCAAGUCGGACGUCAAGAUGGGUAUCGAUAUUGCGAAGCAUCACGUUAAAAAGGGCCAACGCCAAGCACCCAAGAGUGAGGAUCCAUACCUCCUCUUGUUGGUCAAAUUGUAUCGCUUCUUGGCCCGCCGUACCGACUCUCGUUUCAACAAGGUCGUCUUACGUCGUCUGUUUAUGUCAAAGAUUAACCGUCCCCCAGUGAGCGUUUCCAGAUUGGUCUACUUGUCCAAGAACCGUGGCGGUGUCGCUACCGGAUCUGAAGCACCAAAGACUGUUGUCGUUGUCGGAACAAUCACCGAUGACAACCGUUUGUUGGACUUGCCCAAAUUGUCUGUCGCCGCUCUUCGUUACACCAAGAACGCUCGUGCCCGUAUUUUGGCCGCAGGUGGUGAAGCUUUGACUCUCGAUCAAUUGGCCUUGCGUGCACCAAAGGGAAGCAACACAAUCUUGUUGCGUGGACCAAAGAACGCCCGUGAAGCUGUCAAGCACUUCAACAUGGGUCCUCACAACCACGCCAAGCCAUACGUUCGUUCCAAGGGCCGCAAGUUCGAACAAGCCCGUGGUCGCAGAAAGUCUCGUGGUUUCAAGGUCUAA